AGAUUCCAGUCUUGCCUCCUGGCCUCUGCCAGCAUGGUUAUUAAGUCUACUUACCAAGUUCAAUCCCAGCAAGAUGUCACGAAGAAGAAUGUCUACCUUCUCAACUUUAAUCUACACUACAUUCAUAUUUCUAAUCUUCGCGUUGUUGUCAACUACGACGUCGUCGGAACUCAUCAACGCCACAACAUCACCGACGCUAUCGGCCGGCGGUGACAACAGACUGUUGGUCCUGCCGUCGUCACCUGACGGCUCGCAGCCCGCCAUUUCUGAAACCGAUGCGAAUCGGUCAGAUUCAAACCCUACAUUCUUGGCAGCAAAACUGCCGGAUAAAGCGACUGUGAGCAACUAUACCGCACCCUCCGUCUACCUGCGAGAGCAAGUCAAUGUGACUGAACGUCGCUGGUUGGUGCCACAGCGACAAAAUGACAGUUAUUUCAAAGCCAGCGGGCGGGAGGGUGACAAGGGACGAGAUACUGGGGUGGGACGCCGACAUUUGCGUAGGCAACCACAGAACUAUGUACAGUAUCAACGUAAAACUAUCAUUAAAAAGCAUGUUCCUGCUGAAAGCGAACCCAAUGACUUUUUUCAUCCAAUAUCAUCUCGAACAGAUUUGUCAAACGAAACCUUCGAAACUUCGACGGAUUCAAACGUCGCCUCGAACUCAACGGCCGGACCUUACGUUGCCAUUUUCAAUUCGUCGUCGUCGCAAGCGCCUUGGCUAUUACUUCCCUUGCCGUCGCCGUCAUCUGUCGGCACGUCUUGUCCCCCUUGUGACCCUACAAGAUGCCCCCAUGAGGGUGGAACCUUCUUACAGUGCCCGACCGAGCUGAGGAUUAAAGACGACUGUGGUUGUUGUGUAGUCUGCCUUCGUGGUCUGCACCAAACGUGUGGAGGGAUGUACCAAAUUAUGGGGAAAUGUCGGGUAGGUUUAGUUUGCCUACCCACCAAGAAUUCAGAUUUUUCAGCUCUGCGUCUUUCCCCUGGAAAUACCGAGAAUCCGCGUCCCUCUUUUGAAGGGACUUGUGAAUUAAUAGAUGACAUCCCCGAUCCAUGUCGCAAUGUUGGCUGUGAUACCACAAUAAAGUACCAGUGUCCAAGGGAUUCUUUACUUGUGGCCAAUGUGAGUGGUGCAACCGGAAGCGCAUCAAUGGAGAUCUGCUGCAAGGAGAGACUCACUUGUCAGUGCAAUAUGGAUGCUUGCAACAUACCAAAGUGCAUUGUUGGAUACCUUCCGCAGCGAGUGCACCAUGGCACCAGAAAGCCAGGAGAUUGCUGUGAUAACUUCGUCUGUAAACGGAACAAAAAUUGUGCGCUGGUGAAAUGCCCUAAGCCAAAAUCUUGUCCCAAGGACAGUGUCAACAUGGUGAAAAAACUCAGCAAGGAUGGCUGUUGUUCUGCUGAAUCUGUGUGCCAGUGCCAGCACAGAGACAGGUGCCCUGCUGUUGAAUGCUCUCAAAACUUUAGAAUUGAGGUGGUGGAGAAGGCGACCCACCAGCCUGGUUCCUGCUGUGAUAAAUUCAAAUGUGUUAACAAGAACAGCUGUUUUUCUCGUGGUCAGUCCUACCAACAUGGAGAUGUGUGGAAACUGGACAACUGCACCAAAUGCAGCUGCAAGAAUGGCCUGACGUAUUGCCAGCGGCAGACAUGCAGAAGCUUGCAGUGUAAAUGGGUAACGAUUCCUGUUGGGGAAUGUUGUCCAGUUUGUAAUGGGAACAUUUGUUUUUCUGAUGGAAGAAUCUACCAACAUCUUGCUGAAUGGAAGCAUGACAACUGCACCAAGUGCAGCUGUAACAAUGGUCUAAUCUCUUGUCAGAAGGAGAAGUGUAAGCCCCUCCAGUGUGGUUGGAUGACCGUCCCGCAAGGACAGUGCUGUCCUGUCUGCAAAGGUUGUAUGAAUGGUGACAGACUUUACAAGAAUUCUGAGACAUGGAAAGAAGAAGGUUGUUUGUCAUGUCGAUGUAAUAAUGGUGUUGUUGAAUGUCAGACAGAAAUGUGUUCCGUUCGCUGUCCGAAUGCCCGAAGUGUCCCAGGACAGUGCUGUCCAGUCUGUGAGAACAAUUGUUCCAUUUCCUGUAAAUAUGGUUACGAAGUGGAUGAAAAGAACCGCCAGACCUGUAAAUGUGCCGCAGCUCCCUCUAAAUGUCCUGCCAUCACUUCAUGUAAGCGCCGCUGUAAGUUCGGCUACAAGCGCACCAGAAAUGGUUGUCUUCGUUGCAAAUGUCACACGUGUCCAUACAUCCAUUGCAACAAGCGUUGUCCUUUCGGCUUUAUAACCAACCGCAGGGGCUGCAAGUUGUGUAUGUGUGUAGAUGAGCCAUAUAACAGAAAGUCGUCAACCCCUCAGAUCCCAACAUCAUCAUCGCUAUGGUUACCGAGCAGCUGCAUGUCCAAUGGAAUACAUUACAAAGAUGGCGACAUGUGGUAUGAUGGUUGCCGUGAGUGCUACUGUAGGGAAGGACAAGAACUUUGCUCAUUAAUUACCUGUAACAUUCCAAAGUGUCACAAUCCAAUAUUUCGACCUGGAGACUGCUGCCCAUCAUGCGCAGGUACUGACACUCUCCCAUCUAAGGGCUCCACUCAACAACGGACAUGUCAUGGUAACAAUGGUAAUGAUUAUGUUGAAGGUGAGGUGUGGCAGUUGGGCAAGUGCACCAGCUGCAUAUGUCAUUAUGGUAUCAUAUUGUGUACGACAGAGAAGUGUCCACCACAGUUAUGUCAUUAUCCAAUACAGCAAUCGGAUCAGUGUUGUCCACUUUGUCCAAACCAAUACCCAGACAAACCAACAGUCAGUAAGCCUCACCUAAAGUAUUGUAGAGGCGAGACAUCAUUCAAACAUGGUGAAGUAUGGCGUGUGAGUCCCUGCCAAAGCUGUAUGUGUCGAAACGGACGGAUCAACUGUUUCUCACAGAAUUGUCCACCCAUGAAAUGUCAACAGGCAUCUUUCCGUAAAGGACAGUGUUGUGCAGUCUGUAUGGAUAAUGAAACGAAAACAGCCAAGUCAAUCAUAUCCAAGGACAUACCCAUCAUACUGACCACAGUUGGUCCUCCAGAGGUCGUCAAAGAAAAGGUCAAUAAAAAACCAACAUCAUAUGUCGCUGGAGUUAGCGCAGAUGAACCUUCCAUCAGUUCCAAAGGCAACAACAACAACAACUACAACAACAACAUCCUCAUCACUCUCAUCGUUCCAGUAACAGCCAUUCUCCUUGUCUCUUUCAGAUGAAACCUCCAACAACAACAACAUCAUCAUCAUCACUGUCGUCGUUCCACUGACAGCCAUUAUUAUUGGGUCAAUGAUCUGCGUGUUUUUACUCAAGAAACAUUGCCGUAAACCGAAAUAGCUGACGGAUUGUGGGGGUGUGUGUGGGGAGAGAGAGAAAGAGAGAGCAGGUUUUUUUAUGUGCGUUUGUGUGUGUAUGUUUUGUUGUUGUUGUUGUUGUUGUUGUUGUUUUCUGUUCAUCAUCGGGGGACCAAACCAGGAAGAAACUCCAGUUCACCUUUUCAUUCCGACCGUUUCUAUCUACCCUGAUGUUUUUUUAUCCAAGUAACGGAAGUUUCGGAACCCACUUUACAGCAGGAAUAAUGGUCCAUGUAGGACAGAUAAGAUAAAAGGGCCCAGACCCUCAAUUGCU